AUGGCUCUGAUGAUAGUGGCUCAACCGGUGCUUCUACCAUUGCCACGCCUAGCACCACUCCAACUUCUGCUUCGAGACGAUGCUGGCUCUGAUGACACCGGUGAUGAUGUCACCGAUGACUCUGGAGACAAUUCAGGAGACGAUGCUGGCUCUGAUGACACCGGUGAUGAUGGCUCUGAUGACACUGGGGAUGAUUCCGGGGAUGAUUCAGAUGGCUCCGACACUGGCUCAGCUACCACUACGACUCCUUCGCCCGCUGCAAGCUCAACCUACGCUUCUCCGGCAGCUAGUCCAAGCGCGGCCGUCAACGGCGAGCUGUGCAGUCCCCAGUGCACUGAAUGUCUGUCUAAUGACUUAACCGAUACCUCGAGCACCUCUUUCAGACGGUCCGGUCUGUUCAGCAGAGGACUGACGAGGAGGCUUUCCAGCUACCUGACCUGGUUGCUCGAUCAGAUGCGAUCUGGCCAGCUUCUCGCCAAGGACACCAGUGGUAUGUCCAGCUCCGAAACCGUGGUCUUUGGCAGCGGCUCUACCAUCUUCAGUCAGACCAACAUCCGUGGAUGCACCGUCCUCAUGGUGGUAUCCAAGUAUGCCGUCUACCAGGCCCACCUCUGGGAAGCCCCCGGCUUUGUCACCAACCAGAACGGCACGGUCGCCUUUGAUGAGCAACAGUUCCAGACCACCAUCCUCGACUUCCUGACCAACGACCCCAAUCUCAAGAUGCCCCAGCUCGCCGGUUCCACCGCGUAUCCCGACGCCGGCACCCAGGUCUACAUCGGCACGCCGAUUGCCACCACCGGACAAGGCGCCAAGUACGCAUCCCAGAUCUCGGAGGUCGUCUCCACUGUGAAUUCCGUUCUCGGACUGUCAACCAGCCCAACCGAGUACUACUACACGACCACCAACUCUGACGGAGAGGGCAAGUGGCUAUUCAAGUACAACGCCAACACAUGCAACAAGCCAGUAUGGCAGAUGUGGUACGGCGACGUCGCCGACAAUGCCUUGUGGUCUUCUAGCGAGACCUCCUCUUGCGCUACGUCUGCUUCCGUGACUCCUGCCCGGACCGCCUUCCCUGCCUCUACCGGGGCGUCGACGUUCAUGAUGCUGCCAAAGACGACAGCAAGUUAUUAA